CCACUCCAUCUCCAUGACAGCCUUACCAAAAAAAGAGAAACAAAACCCUCGAAAUGAAUAUAUCUCUACUCGAAAGAAAAGGGAUGUGGCGGCCGACCAAGACUAAAACACUACUACUACUCUACUAGUAUAUCCACGUCCUAACAAAUCGACGACGCCUAUGAUAUGCAACCGUUUCAUCCCACGGCUCUAAAUUCAUAAUAAAUCCACUCCUUCAGAAAGGAAGUGGAGAGAGAGAGAGGAGUUUCAAGAUGCAAGCGAAUAAUGGUUCUGAUCCGCAAGAACAUAUGCAGCAGAAUAAGCAGCAGCAGAUGACGACGCCGCCGGCGAUGGUGCCUUCCCCUCAGCAGCAGUGGGUGGCGAUGCAGUAUCCGCCGGCGGCGGCGAUGGUAAUGCAGCACCAGAUGAUGGGGCCGCCGCAUUACCCGCCGCACUACAUGCCGUACCACCACUUCCACCACCAGCCUCAGCAACACCAAGGGGGGUCGAACGGUGAGAAUCGGACGAUCUGGGUUGGUGACCUUCAUAAUUGGAUGGACGAGGAUUAUCUCCGUAGCUGCUUUGCUUCCACUGGAGAGGUUGCAUCCAUUAAGGUUAUUCGAAAUAAACAGACAGGUUUCUCAGAGGGCUACGGAUUUGUGGAAUUCUUUUCACAUGUUGCAGCUGAGAAAGUUCUGCAGACUUAUGCCUGCAUUGCGAUGCCUAAUACAGACCAAGCUUUCCGGUUGAAUUGGGCUACAUUUAGCAUGGGUGACAAAUGUUCAAAUAAUGGUUCUGAUCUUUCUAUAUUUGUAGGAGAUUUAGCUGCAGAUGUUACUGAUACCUUACUGCAUGAAACUUUUGCUAGUAGAUAUCCAUCUGUUAAAGCUGCUAAAGUUGUCAUUGAUGCCAAUACUGGUUGUUCAAAAGGUUAUGGUUUUGUAAGGUUUGGAGAUGACAAUGAGAGAUCACAGGCUAUGACGGAAAUGAAUGGUGAGUACUGUUCGAGCAGGCCCAUGCGCAUUGGUGCAGCAACACCGAGGAAAUCAUCAGCAUAUCAACAACAACAUGCUUCACAAGGUAACUAAGAAUUCAACUUGCUUUGCAAACUUUCCAUCUGGAACUGCAAUGAAGCAUCUGGGUUUCACAGUUUAUAUUUAGAUAUAAGUAAAAAUUGUUGGCAGGAUUCAGUAUGUGCAAAACCAUUGUUUUGCAAAAAACAACGCUUUAUUUCAUUUAAGCAAAUAUAAACCAAACAGUUUCUAGCAUUAACAACUGAAAGAUGGGAUGAUGGAUAGAUGUAUUGUGUUCAGUAGGAAAGAGGGGAAGGCAAAGAGGAAAGGAAGUGAGGGCAUUCCACCCAGGACCGCCAUAUCUGUUUCCCCCCAACAGUGGGAGAAAGGUGUAAUAGGAUAAGAAAUGUAUUGGUGAAGUGCUAGAAAUCUAAAAUCAAGUUACACUUCUUUAUUUCCUGCUUACCUAACCAAGAAAAUAUGGAAGUAAGGCAUUCUUCGCACCCUUUCCAUGCCUUCUUGGCUCUCCAUCAAGGCCUCAUGCCUAACAGACCAUAAAUAUGUGUUUUUCUAUCCUUUAAAAUCAGUCUUCAUUAUUUUUCAUUGUGACUUUCACAUGUGGAUUAGCAAACUUCCAUUUCUAGUGGGUUCUGGUAUGG